AUGGAAUCCUACAAAGAGCUCACUUGCGAGUUCUUGGCUUCAAUGAGAUACUACAUGUACGAUGAGGAGGAUAGAGCCGAUUUGGACCAAGGACUGGGGUGGAUCACAUUCUUGGCUAAUGGAGUCAAGAGAAUGGUGACUUUUAGGCAGUUGGAGAUCUUGUUUGGUUUCAACUAUGGAGAAGGGACUGAGUGGAACUUCAAGGAAAAGGAACUCCAAAGGGCUUGGGCUACAAUCGCUGAGGUGGGAUACUCUUUCUCAAGGUCUAAGGCUGCUCAAAUCAGGAGUCCAGUGCUGAGGUAUGUGCACAAGGCACUCGCCAACACCUUCUUUUGCAAGGAAAGCAACCGGCACCAUAAAUGA